AUGUUGUCAUCUUGUAAGUUGGGGCCUCAUUUCCCAAAAUGGCUUCAAACACAAAAUAACUUCUCCCAGCUUGAUAUCUCAAGUAAUGGAAUUUCAGAUGUUGUUCCUAGUUGGUUCUGGGAUCUAUCCCCAGGUUUAAUUUAUUUAAAUCUCUCUUGCAAUCUGAUCAAAGGCUUGUUGCCUGAUCUAUCAGUGAAGUAUCAUGGUUACCUUGGUAUAGAUUUAAGUUCAAAUCAUUUUAUGGGUCCAAUACCACUAGUUCCUCCCAAUGUAACAGUUUUGAAUCUCUCCAAAAAUGAGUUCUCAGGUUCACUUUCUUUCCUAUGCGCAAUUAUGGGUAUGGGGCUCAUCUAUCUUGACCUCUCAAAUAACUUGCUAUCAGGAGAGCUUCCCAAUUGUUGGGUGCAAUUCACAAGACUAUCCAUAAUUAGUUUGGCAUACAAUAAUUUGUAUGGGAAAAUUCCGAGCUCAAUGGGUUCCCUAGGCAUUUAUUCUUUGCACUUGAGCAACAACAAUUUCUCUGGGGAAGUUUCUUCUUCAUUAAACAGAUGCACAAAGUUAAGAAUGAUUGAUCUGGGAGGAAAUAAAUUCACAGGAAAAAUACCAGCGUGGAUAGGGACACACCUAACAAGUUUGAUUGUUCUUAGUCUGCGAUCCAAUGAGUUCAAGGGAAGCAUACCUCGACAUAUAUGUCACCUUACCAAAAUUCAAAUUUUGGACUUCUCCAAAAAUCGUUUAUCAGGAAACAUACCACACUGUUUUCACAAUUUUACUGCCUUGGCGGAAAGUAAGAGUUCUAGGGCAAUCAGUUUUCCUUCUUAUGGGACAUUUGAACCCUUCUUUGUUAGAUUUUCCAGUUAUAUUGAGAAUGCAUUGGUGUUGUGGAAAGGACAAGAGUCAAAAUACGGAAAUAAUUUGAGACUACUAAACCUCAUUGAUCUUUCUGGCAAUGAACUUGUUGGGAAAAUUCCUAUACAAGUUGGGGGUCUUGCGGGGUUGGUUUCUUUGAACCUAUCAAGAAACAAUUUGACAGGAAAUAUCAUCCAAGAAGUUGGUUGGAUGAAAAUGUUGGAAUCUCUUGACUUGUCUGCAAAUGAGCUUUCGGGCGCGAUUCCUACCAGCCUCGCUGAUCUAAAUUUUCUCAGUGUGUUGAAUUUGUCACAUAACAGGUUGUCGGGAAGAAUCCCAAUAAGCACUCAAUUGCAAAGCUUUGAUCCCUCUGUAUACUCAGGAAACCUUGAACUUUGUGGACUUUCACUUCCAAAUAAGUGUCCAGGAGAAGAAAUAGUUGUGGAACCUCCAGUUCUUGUUCGUGGCAAAGACAGAAGGAUUCAAGAAGACGAUGACAAGUUUAUUACCACUGGAUUUUAUGUUAGUUUGGGGCUGGGUUUCACCCUUGGAUUUUGGACAGUUUUUGGCACUAUACUUUUUAACAAACCAUCUAGACAUGCUUAUUUCGAGUUCUUGGACCGCAUAAAGAAUUGGUUUUAUGUGACAACUGCACUAAGUAUGAAUAGAUUGCAAAGGAGGCUUCAGAGGUAA